UAGCAUUAUCGUCUCUCAACGUUGCCAUCCUACAGCCCAGCUCAGCGACGACGAGCAAUGGCAGCAACCGUGGCCGGUGUUACUCUCUCUGCCACCGGAGUGGUGGCUAAGGCAGACUCGACCAAGGUCCAGAGCUUUGGAUAUCCUUGCCUGAACCACCCAUGGAGGAUGAACCAGUGCUUCAGGAGUGGUCGUUUAUACGUCAGAACCAUGGCCACCACACCAGAGAGCAUCUCGGACAAAGUGAACGAGAGCAUCAAGAAUGCCCAGGAGACAUGCGCCAGUGACCCAGCAAGCGGUGAGUGCGUCGCUGCGUGGGACGAGGUCGAGGAGCUGAGCGCUGCAGCAAGCCAUAUACGACUCAAGCAGAAGGAAAAAGACGCAGACCCACUGGAACACUUCUGCAAGGACAACCCAGAAACAGAAGAAUGUCGCACAUACGAAGACUGAGAAAUCUGAAGGUUCUCUGUCUACUAGUUCCCCACCUGCAUGCCUAUAAAACUUGGAUGUUAAUCAGUUGCUUAUUUAGUUUUGUGUUCAUUAAAAUUAGAGAGGAAAGAGAGGAGGAAUGGAUAGAUUAAUGGAGAUAAAGACAUCUGAGCACAGCUCAGGAGCUUAAUUAGUCCAUCUCAAUCGCCUGUACAAGAAAGGGUUUGGCAGUUCUGGCCUGUUAAUUUCUUGGGCCAAAUAGCUUUGUGUUGGAGUGUGUCAUGUGUGGCUCCUUUUCACAAGCCAAAAGCUCAAAUAUCUUCCCCAUCUUGUUAGAAAUUGUUGGGUCUGGGGCAAGUUCUAUUAGUUGCAGUCUUUAUCCAUGUUGAUCUAUGCAUGUAUUAAUCUCUUAGCUUUUUAAAGAGUUUGAAUUGAAAUUUUCUCCGCCAACCAUCUAGGUCA